AACCUUUCCCCACGGCUUUUGGGGACAGUUAAUUAAACGCACUCGCACUCCUCCACAAAACGUAAAUGUAGAAUCGAAUGUUUUAUUUUGAAAAUUUCCUCCGGAACUACUACGUUUUGCCUUGGCCGCUUUGACGCUCACUGAGAGAAGAGAAAGCAAAGGGAUCAGAUCAGGCGGUAGAAAUGGAGAGCAGAAGGACUGGGAGGGUGAGCGAAAAUGUACCAGAGACAUGGCGUGGCUGCGUGACAAAAUAAGGGGAUCUCAGUUCGGCGAAAGGAGCUCUCUGGAGCAGGUCGAGGCUGAGGAGUCGAGCUAACUGUCUGGAGGUUUUGUCGUUUCGCUUUGCUUUGGUCUUACCUCGUCUAAUCAGUGCGCACACAACGUUUGUGCUGGCCAGUGUCUGCAGAGAGAAGUCUGUGGCUAACAACCCAGUCUGACAGGAUAAAAGGUAGCUCAGUAUGAGUCGAGAUGGGUGGGCAAAGAAGAGAGCCAAUGCCAGUGGUGACAAUGGUUGGGCUGAAAGGGGCGGCUACAUGGCUGCUAAAGUCUCCAAGCUGGAUGAGCAAUUUAAACUUGAUGCCCCCAAGGAAAAACAAAAGGAAGGCAUAUGCUCCAAUAUCUUCAGUGGAGUGGCCAUUUAUGUCAAUGGAUACACAGAACCAAGUGCAGAUGAGCUACGCAGACUGAUGAUGCUGCAUGGCGGCCAGUUCCACGUCUACUACUCUCGCUCCAAGACCACCCACAUCAUUGCCAAUAACUUGCCAAACAGCAAAAUUCAGGAGCUCAAAGGGGAAAAGGUCAUCAGGCCGGAGUGGAUCACAGAGAGUGUCAAGGCUGGGCGUCUCCUGCCUUACCUACAGUACCAGCUGUACUCAAAACAGAAAGGCCCACUCUUCCCUGGCAUGACUCUGCGCCAGACCUCAGAGAUUGCAGGACCGAGCCGUGGGUCGCUGCAGCUGACCGUCCAUCAGGAGCUUCAUCUGCCGCAGCGCAGUGUUCAGCACUCUGUUCCCAACCAUGAGCACGAGUCCUCAUCCAGCUCCCAGAAUAUCACCAACCCUAAGCCCAGCCACCAUCAGCUUUACCAAGGCAACAUCCAACCUCAGUCCAUCCAGCACAGCCCUGCGGCUUGCUUCGUCAGUCCCCAACCGAGUCACCUCAACAUAAAUCCCAGACACAAAAGCCCUUCACGCACCCACUCGUUGUCUAACCCAAGCCCCUCAAAGCCCCAACAGUCUACUCUUCAAACACCUCAUCGUAAUCUCCAGCACCAAGGAGCCAGCCAACUACAACCUCAGACCAACUCUUGUUGCAGAUCCCGCCCGAGUGGCUGCAAGGAAGUGGAAUUCAAAUUAAAUGGAUUAUUGCAGACCUCACUGGAUGUGAUGAGCCAUUCAAAAAUGAACGAAGAGUGCGGCAAAGAGGACCUUUCCCCACAGGUAGUGAAGGAAGCACCCCUGACCAACGGACACACUCAUCUUGUUAAUGGUGCCUUAAAGCCAGAGGACCUCCCUCCUGCUACAGAUGAACCCUUUGUUGACAAGGAACUCUCUGAAUGCAGGGAUAAACCCUUGAGUCCUGCAGUACAGUUUCAGACCAAAUCUGACCCGUAUGAGUUCCCCCACAGUCCUCCAAAGCAAUCUGACCAGUCCCUUGUCUUUCCUCCGCCACCCACCUACCAGGAGGCCAUAAAAGCUGCCGACACCCACCUACUCCCAAAACAGCUCCAGCCAUCCCUUCAGGUUGAUUUCAAUCCUGAAAAGACUCUUCUUUCCCCUGCAUCUCGCUCUCUUUCACAUUCUCCGAUUCGACUGAACGGAAGUCACCACAAUGCCUUUUCAUCUGAUCCUGCCUCACUCAACACAACCAACACAACGGCCAAACCCGAUCCUCCCCCCGACACGUCGUCCUCAUCGUCAAAGUCCUCAGCACAGUUGCUGGCGCAGACGGGUGAUUUGAUCUCAGAGUUCUACUCUCGUUCACGUUUACACCAGAUCUCCACGUGGAGGGCCGGCUUUUCUGAGUAUGUCAAUGAACUGCACAGCAAACGAAAAGUAGCAGGGGGUGCCUCUUUUCCUGGGAAAGAGCGACUGAGGAAAUCUGUGGCCCAGUGCUCUUCAGACAGUCAAGGUACAUCGGCACCCUCGAGUGUUAAAUCUUGUAUUCUUCAUGUGGACAUGGACUGUUUUUUUGUGUCUGUGGGGAUCCGACAUCGACCGGAUCUCAAAGGAAAGCCUGUAGCUGUGACCAGUAACCGUGGACAGGGCAGAGUGCCCCUGAGACCCGGGGCCAAUCCUCAGCUGGAGCAGCAGUACUACCAGAGGAAACAAACUCAUCCUCAACCAGAGUGGAAUGAUGAGGAUCUACACAGAACUCCUUCACAAGAGAGUCCUGACUCCCAUGCCAGCGGAGAGGACCAGAAUGCUGCUGCUCUAUCUAUGGCAGAGAUUGCAUCCUGUAGCUAUGAGGCAAGACAGGCGGGUGUGAGGAACGGGAUGUUUUUUGGCAAAGCGAAACAGUUGUGUCCCUCGCUGCAGUCUGUCCCAUAUGAUUUUGAGGCUUAUAAAGAGGUAGCUCUCACCAUGUACGAGACUCUGGCUGGUUAUACCCAUGACAUUGAGGCCCUGAGCUGUGAUGAAGUGUUGAUAGACGGUUCUGCUCUGCUAGCUGAGCUGGGCAUCAACCCAGAAGAUCUUGCCAAAGCUAUCAGAGCAGACAUCAAGGAGAAAACAGGAUGCUGUGCUUCAGUGGGCAUGGGGUCCAAUAUCCUGUUGGCCCGGCUGGCGACCCGAAAGGCCAAACCAGAUGGGCAGUACCUCUUAAAGUCUGAGGAAGUGGAUGAUUUUAUCAGGGACCUGCCAGUGACCAGCUUACCAGGUGUUGGACCUGUUAUGGGCAGAAAGUUGGCUGCUAUGGGUGUGAGGUCAUGUGGGGACCUCCAACAGGUGCCUCUCUCUCAGCUACAGAGGAAGUUUGGGCCUCGGACUGGGCAAACUCUGUUCCGUUUUUGCAGAGGGCUGGAUGACCGGCCUGUCCGCUACGAGAAGGAAAGAAAGUCCGUCUCAGCUGAGAUGAAUUACAACAUUCGCUUCACAAGGAUUGAUGAGGCAGAGUGUUUCCUGACUAAUCUGUCCAUGGAGGUGCAAAAACGUUUACAAGAAGCAGGGCUACGGGGUCGGAGGGUUACCCUUAAGGUCAUGGUGCGCAAGGUCGGAGCUCCACUGGAACCAGCUAAAUACGGUGGUCACGGCAUAUGUGAUAAUCUAGCAAGGACUGUGAUGCUCGCGCAAUCCACUGACAGUGGUCAGCUGAUUGCCACUGCAGUCAUCAAGCUGUUCCAUGCCAUGAAGUUGCAGGUUCAGGACCUGAGAGGAGUCGGCAUCCAGGUUCAGGUUCUUGAGGGAAAUCACUCGGUCCCCCAGGACUCCACAGGCCAGCGGACACGCUCCAUCAAAGAGAUGUUGCUAGGCCAGGGACUGAGUGCCCAAUCCCACAACAGAGGUGCUGCAGACAACAGCCCACACCAGGAAAGGACUCUCUUGACCCCAGCCCCAUCAUCCAGCUCCUCUCCACAUCCUUUGUUCACUCCUGAGCCAGUCCCAGGGACAAGCAAAGACCUGCAGGCUUACAGACGAACCCCAAAACAUUCUCGAGCACGUCUCAACUUCAGUAUUGAAGUCCCCUCCCCUUCGCAGGUGGAUCGUUCCGUGUUGGAGGCCCUGCCCACCGAGCUGAGAGAACAAGUGGAGCAGUCAUGGUCUCUUCGGGAUGGGAGACCAAACAACUGUCGUUCACCCAGUCCACAGGCCUCUGCUCCUCUCCCACAGCCUCCCUCUCUGAAGUCUUGUCCAACUUCACCCCCUCGUCCUCCUGCCUCUGGGCCUGCACUGUACACUCCAACUGCAGGAACGGUGGUUCUUCAGAUUCCAAACCAGCCAGACAGUCUGGGAAUUGUUCUGGAACUACCAAACUUCUCACAGGUUGAUCCAGACGUAUUUGCUGCCCUUCCCAAAGAGCUCCAGGAAGAACUGAAGUCUGCCUAUAACCGCAUAACAACUGUCCAGCCUCAGGCAAAAAUGUUGGAGCAGAAGAAUCCACUGUUGCAGCUAAAACAGUCAGGAGCAGGAAUUGGCAUUGGUCGUGUGAAGCGGCGCUACAAGAGAAAAAAUGUGGUGAGUCCCAUUAAAAAAGGACCUUCCCCUGUGAAGAGGCGUCACACAACAAACAGCCUGGCCAAAACCAUAACACCUCUUAUAACAUCACGGGACCCAGUGAACAUAGUAAAGACUGAAAAUGGUCCCUCCACAUCCUCCUCAAGACCAGACAUCCCAGAGUCUCUUUCUAAAUUCGCUCCUCGUCCUGCUCCAGCAUUAGCCGGAGCCUAUGACCUGAAGGAUAUUAAAACACUCCUACGGGAAUGGGUCACCACCAUAACAGAACCCAUGGAGGAGGACAUUCUGCAAGUGGUGAAAUACUGCACUGAUCUGAUUGAGGAUAAAGAUCUGGAGAAGCUGGAUUUGAUUAUAAAAUACAUGAAAAGGCUCAUGCAGCAGUCGUUGGAGUCUGUUUGGAGUAUGGCUUUUGACUUCAUCCUAGACAACGUGCAGGUGGUUGUGCAACAAGCUUAUGGUAGCACCCUGAAGAUAGCAUGAAGAAUGAGGGAUUCUGUUUUCACUGUGUUACCUUUACCUUCUUUUUGUUUUGCUUCUUUCACACGGUCAUCUGCAAUACAAGUAAUGACAUUUACAUGAGGAUUUCCCUUCUUCUCAAUUGUGACACCACUGCAGUAUCUUUCAGUUAAUGACUGUAGACACAAAAUAUUGAGAAAGUGUCACAAGACCCAUGGCAGUAUUUGAUGAGAGCAUGUAUAACACAUUAUUUUCUGUACUUCCUCUUUAAGAGACAAGUAAUACAAACUGACGGGCUGGAAAUGUCCUUGCUGUAGAGUCUACUCAUUCAAACCCAGAACAGUGAUAAUUGUAGCAGCUAUUUGAAAAUUCAUAAUUUUUCAUAUGCCAACACUCAGUUCCAUAUAUAUGUGAAAUUUUAUUAUACAUUUUUUUGCAGCAGUACCUCACUAUUUCUUACACAUCCAGUAAAAACCAGACCUUGAAAGAUUAAAAAUUUCUAUUUUCCUGGUAAGUAGUUUCCAUGUGAUAUAACGCUCCAGUCAGUUUAGGUUUAAAAUAAGGUCAAUGGUAAACAUAAUCACCAUUUUUAAACACUAAGCAGCUUUUAGUGAUCUUGGAAUUGAUUAGCCUUGUAGCACUUCUCAGUCAUCAGACCUAUAAUAAUCUCUGAAAUGACAGGAAUAAAUUAUCCUUUUUUUUUCAUUAUUGUUUCUUUGAUGUUCCUUGCCACUUAACAGUAUACUGACCUGUGAAAUAUCUACUGCUGCUGCGUCACAAGAAAGCAGACCUAAUAUAGUCUGGUGCAUACAGCAGUAUCUUUUCUUUCUUGUCUCUUGCAAAAAAAGUGCCAAAUUCUGUUAUUAUAAUAUGUAAAUAAUGUUUUUAAAGAUCUUGUUAAAAGUUUUAAAAGAAAAGAUGUAUGUAGAGGGCUUACCUCUUGUAUUGUUUACAUGUAGUGGAUUCUUAGUAACUGUCUUUAAAUUGUAAAUCUCACUCUUUAAUUGUUUGUACAUGUUCCAACAUGGAAAUCAGAAGCUGGCCAAAGCACUUCAUGUGGGGUUAACUGUUGAUUCUCAGUAGCACUCUGAUUGCAGAGGAUGUUGACUGGGGUUGUGGCAAUCAAUAAGUAGCCUAUGCAUUUCUGUUUUUUUUUUUUUUUUUCACACUAACAAGUGAGAUGUCACUUCAAGAUAAUGUAAUAUUUCAUACAACCUUUGUACCUGAGUUAUCUUGGGAUUCUAGUGUGUUUUCACUGGAAUCAUAAAUCUCAAUAUUAAAAUAAUGCUGGGUUUGCAUAGGAACAGAAGAUGUGAUUUUUAACUCUGUAACCCAUCUCGUGUACUUCACAUGCUGGAGAUAUUUGUAUGGCUUCUGGCUACAUCACUGUAUUUCUGUGAAGUUAACUGUUGGAAGGUGAUGAUGGAGAUCAGAUGUGCUCAGCAGAUGCGAUUGGCUGGCUGGCUGGCUGGCUCACGAUCUCUCCAUGCAAGACCAAGACAUGAUGUGUGUGGUUGAAAAAGUUUGUUUAAAACAGUAUCCCUAUAUGCAAACCAAAUUAAGCAGUCUUUUUUUUUUUAACCCGUUGAAAUGAAUGUAAUUCAUAAUGUGCAAGUCUCCACUCACUUUUCAGGAUGUAACUUCUCUUCAUGUCAUAUCUUUUCAGAAGGGAAAGGCCAGGAGCUAAAAUUGGCCAGUCUUGUCUUUUCUGAACUGGCUUGUGCCUGACGACCUUAAGCUGUGAACUUGUUUGUAAGUUUUCUAAAUCUUGGUAAUAAACUGUAAACUCUGUAUGAA